CAAAGACGCCGAGCCGCUUGUGUGAGAGACCGGACACCAUCUAAGGCUGCGCAAGUGUUCGUUCACGGUCUCCUGCCAUAGCCGCGGCCGCAAUUUGCAUCCGUUCGGCGGCUCCAUAGCCGUAAAUCACGAGAGCGUCCGGAGAGCCUCGCACCACUGCAGAGGCAAGGCGGCCAUGCGAGCGCACAUAUUGUGCCAUGUGGUUGCCACCGCGUCCGCGAUAACACGAACGACCGUUGACGUCGGCCGCGUGUCCGUCACGUACGAUCAGCACUACUUCGACACACCGGUCCCGCAGCCGCGCCAGGGCCAGCGCGUGGCGGACCGGUCGGGCCUGCGGCCCUGGCCCUGCGCCGUGCCCUUGCUGCAGCAUUUAUCUGAGGCGACCGUGCCGGCUCUCGAAACAACGCUGGGGCGGCCGCCGCGGGUCCUCGAGCUGGGCAGCGGCGUCGGGCUGUUGGGCAUCGGCCUCGCGCUGGCGACGAAAGCCGAGGUCACGCUGACGGACCCGGGCCUGCCGACGCGCUUCAGCAAAGGCGCUGAUAGUAUCUCGACGCUCGAGUUCCUGCGGCGGAACGUCGCGCUCAACGACGCGCCGACGGCGCGCGCCGAGAAGCUGCUCUGGGGCGACGCCGACGAUCUCGACGCUUUUCGGUCGGAGCCGCCGUUCGACCUCGUCGUCGCGUCCGAGGUCCUCUACGAGCCGUCGCAGUACGCGGCUCUGGCUGAUACGCUCGCGUUCUUCGCCACGGACGCAAUUAUCGGCUACAAAGUCCGCCACGGCCGCGAGCAGACCUUCUUCGACCGUUGCGCCGACGAGCACGGCUUUCGGGUGACAAGCGAGCCCCUGGCGGGCGAGAAGCUGUCGAAGGACGCGGUGCUCGCGACGCUCCGUAGGCCGAAAUAACAUUUG